AUGCCAGACAGCCAGAGCCAGCAAAUAAUAGAGGCGCGGUGGAGCAGGGCGACCCUUGAUGAGGCCAUUGGCAGCGGGUCUCUCGACCAAGUUCUUCGCUGGAUUGGCACAACACCAAGUACUGCAGCUGCAGCUGGAGCUGGAGCAGAUGCCGACCACGUCUCUACUACGGAGGCUUGCGAUAUUCUUAUUGAUCGAGCGGGAGAGCCUUUAGUCAUCCGGGGCAUCUGUUCUGCCCUAUCCAAGCCUGUCAAAUCCAGGGAUGACUUCUUCACUGCCUGCGCUGGCCUCGAUUGCAUCGUCAGCUACCUGCCCCUCGCAACUUUGCGACUCUACAGACCCGGCAUAGAGAUUCUAGCUGCCAGCACCGAAGAGAGCCCUCCUAGAGUUUCCCUGCCAUCCUUGACAAGUAGGGCAAAAGAUGCAGUCAAGUUUAUUGAUUUCCCCGAGUUGGCAUGGGCGCCCAAGCACAAGUUCGACUUCAUGGGAGAGCGAAGCCUCUCGGAGAGAGUCCACACGGCACAGCAGAUGGGACCCCAUGCCAAGGAUCUGCUCGGCUGGUUUGCCGACGUCAACUGGCCGCCUCGAUCGGGCUGUAUAAAGCAGCUUGCUCGCUUUCCCGAAGUGGCAGUUGACCCGAUCAAGGAGAUUAUCCCCGAGAAUCGAAAUGAUCCCGAGUGGCUGAUGCAUCUCCUCGAGUUUGUAGAGCAACAUGUGUCUAUUGGGGUGCUGUGGGAACAGCUAGAGCCCGAGCUGGUGUUGCUGGCUAGCAGCGAGGCGGAAGAUGAAGAAAACCGGGAUCUUACAGAAACUGCUCAGCGCCUGCUUGGGCAGCUGAAUGAGUGGAAAAGGGAACAGGGCGGUAAUGAAUAAAGAGGUGUUCCAAUACGACGAAAAAGGCUGUUGGAAAGAAGACCUUGUUAUAGAUGGCUAGCUGCUGCUUCACAGACGUUCGAAAUGUACGAAGCAAAGCUCCAUCGUACGCGUACAUUUUCUUUUCGCUUCUCGCGUCUCAUCAGAGAGAAAGCAAUGGAAAGUAACAACGCCACUUUCUAUGACCUCGUUAGUUUUAAUUGAAACACGUUUACGAGU